UUUUUGUCCUGGGAGGGAUUGAAUCAAACCAGGUGAAGAUAAAAAAAACAAAACAACAAACCCUCCAGAAAGCGGCGAUAACGACUCCGCCGGCUUCGCAGAAAAAGCCACCGGUGAAUUCGCAGUAACUUUUUGCGCGAUCCUGACUUGUGCGUGUGUGAAAAUGAAAGCGCUCUGAAAGUUGGCCCGAAGUGACGUUUCGCGGGUUUCUCCCCCCCCCGUCACUCCGUUUCGCUUCAUUUCGUCCGGCUCCGCCACCGUGUUAUGGACCGGAGGACCCAGAGCUCUUGUCGCUGAGGUCGGAGCAAGUUUUCCAGAAAAUGCCCCAACAUAACAUGGAGAGCCCCAGGAGCCAGUGGCAGCAGGGGCUACGGCCGCCGUGGAUCACCAGAGUGGCUGGAGGUCAGAGUCCCGCCUCCUCGGGGGCGGAGUCGGAUACAGAGAGUAGCAGCACGGAGAGCGAGAGGUCCUGCAUUAAAAAGCUGGAGGUGGGCUCAUUGAGGGUCCUGCCAUCGCCCUCAAUGCUCCAACAGCGAAUCACAGAGAUCGACCAACAGAAGGAGGAACUGAAGAUUGAGCUGCAGCUGGAGAUCGCCCUACUGCAGGGCGAGCUGCAGACGGAGAAGAACCAGCUGCACAGACACAUGCAGAAGCUGCAGGCUCUACAGCACGAGGCCAGACAAAAGGCGAAACACAGACACACCGACAGACAAAAGGAGCGAGAGAGUCUGGAAGAGGAGAGACGCAGGGUGGAGGAGCUGAGGAGGAGGUGCGAGGAGAAGGAGAGACUUAUCCCCAGUCAGCCAGAAAGCCAGAGAGAACAGCUAACCCUGCAGCUGCAACAGGAGGAAGAGGUGAUGGAAGCAGCAGUUCGGGCCUUUGAGGACUGGGAGUUUCGUGUUCUGGAGCGGGAGAGCGGCAUGGAUGAGGAGGACGACACGGCGGCGGACAAAGAGAAGGAGGGAGAGAAUGAAAGGGAAAUGGAAAAGGAAAUCUCACGUCAGCAGCAUGCGGUCAGCACAGUGCAGGAGCGAGUCCAGCAGUUAGAGAGAGAGCUGAAGGAGAUGGAGAGGGAGAAAGAGAAGGACCUGAAUGCCUUGAGGAAAGAGAAGAGAGAACUCAUCCACACAACUCAAAUGGUUCACAAAGAAAAGAAGCCGCUCACUGAUUGGUUGAACGUCACCGGCUCUGCCCCCUGCAUGAUGUCACUUUCCCCUCUGACCGUUCACAAGCCCCCUCAGGAGCCUUGCAAAGAAUCUGCCAGUUUGCCCAGAAGACGGAGCUCGCAUCGCAACAACAAACUCAACGACAGGCCGGUCUCAGCACAUGCGUUGGUGAGAAUGCUUCCAGACAGCCAGGCGCCAGAGGCUUUCACUUCGCCCCUUCCCUCCCAUAGACUCAGCAAUGGACACGGCGGUGGGCACAGACCUGGGACCAGCAACGGCGGCGGGCACCUCAGUCCGUGCGACAGUGCGACGAGCUCUCGCGCUGCCAGCCCCUGCCUUUUGGAUCUUGUGGAGAUCGAGAAGAAACUGAGGGAAGCCAAGGCAGAGAGGGAGAGGCUGCUCAGGGAGAGGGAAGAGCGACGGCGGUUGUUGUUGGAGGAGAGAAGACGGGGAGAGCUAAACUCUUCCAGAACAGAAUCACUGGAGCCAGAAACCCCACACAGGCCAGAACCAGAACCAAAGGAGCAACCAAAGGACAGCCCCCCCCCAAACUUGCCCGAGCAGCGCAGCCCGCCCCUCUUCCUCUCUCCGAACUUUGACCUCCGGGCUCACGUGGAGUCUCUGGGUCACGGGGUGGCCGGCUGCACAGACCUGAGGCUGACGUCUCGGCGCUGUGCGGGCUUCCUGACCAAACGAGGGGGGAGGGUCAAGACCUGGAAGAAGAGAUGGUUCCUGUUCGACACAGACCACAGAAGACUAGCCUAUUAUACAGAUUGUGAUGAGAGAAAGCUUAAGGGAGUCAUCUACUUCCAGGCCAUAGAAGAAGUUUACUACGACCAUCUGCGAACAGCCACAUCCUCCCCGCGGCCCAGUCUGACGUUCUGCGUGAAGACGUACGACCGCCUUUUCUUUCUAGUGGCCUCCAACGCAGUAUCCAUGCGCAUCUGGAUGGACGUCAUCGUCACGGCAACGGACGAGUACAGCCGUUAUUGACCUCUUUUGCAAAUGUGACCGUACGAUCCUUGAGUAAAGCUACUGAGCAGUGAGUCACUGCCCCCCCAGUCUGAAGGGGGCCGGUCUGGCCGGGAACCACCUCAGCGGCCCCUUCCGGUACCUGGACUCAUGAUGUCUCGGAGGAAGCUGUUGCCGGAAGACGGACGCUGCGGUGGCGGCACAGGUUCACCGCCGAGCCAGACUGCAAACCGCACUGGGCGUCUGUUACCGGGAAGUUUCGCCGUUUGAGCCCGACCUCCCUCUGCUGGUCGCAGUCCAGCAUUACAGGUGUACCGGUGUACACCGCUGCGGCGGAACACACCGCGACCGGGAGUGGACACAGUCAUCGCAACACCUGUUGAGUGUAAUGCAAUCCAAUGUAACAGUCCAGCAUUGAGAUGACCUUCGUUAGACCUUCAGAGAGGCGUUGAGGUUGAACACUGUGACCUUUUUUUUUCUUUUUCUUUUUUUUCUGCUGUAUUUUGUGUUGAAUUGCUUUGUAUACUCAGGUGUUGCCGUUAAUAUGUCUACAUCCUGUAUCUUUGUUUUCAGUAAAGACAGAUUGUGCAUAAAUUUUUUGCUGAAUUAAGUUAUUGUCUGGAAAUUUAUAUGGGUU